AUGCUGACCGAGGACUCUCCUGACGUUUCUUUAAUUCCUAUCGGGGCUGCCGGGGGUCAAUCGGAGAAGAUCUAUCUGGCAAGCACCACCGAUUUCUUCUCACCAAUCUCGCUGGACCCGUACAAGCAGGGCCGCAUUGCUUGCGCGAACACUCUGUCGGAUCUCUAUGCCAUUGGUGCUCAUCGCGUGGACACGAUGCUGAUGAUCUUGUCGGUGUCCACGAAGAUGGAGGACGAGCAUCGUGACAUCGUCACCAAAACCAUGAUCCGUGGCUUCAAUGAUGCCUGCGCGCUGGCGGGCUGCCGGGUGACCGGUGGCCAGACCGUCUUCAAUCCAUGGCCGGUUCUGGGAGGUUGUGCGAGCACCACGUUGGUGGAGCACGAGAUCAUCCGAGCAGAUGGCUUGGUCAGUGGCGAUGUCUUGGUGCUGACAAAGCCUUUGGGCUCUCAGAUCGCAGCCAAUUUGGCCUUAUGGCUUGGGGACGAAGCCAAGUGGCGCAAGGCCUCAGCGAUGAUCGACCUGGACACCGCGCUGCGUGCGGUGCAGAAGGCUGAAGAGGCAAUGAUGCGGCUGAACCUCCACGCUUCGGCGUUACUGGGCCGCUUCGGUGCCCACGGUGCCACAGACGUCACGGGCUUUGGACUGCUGGGCCAUGCACAGAAUUUGGCGCAGGUGCAGAAACAGGCGGUGACCUUGGAGAUUCGAAAGAUGCCCAUCAUCAGGGGGCUCUUGGCGCUGGAGAGUUGUGUGGAUGCCAAUUACCAACUCAGCAAAGGCUUCUCCGCCGAGAACUCUGGUGGGCUCUUGGUGGCUUUGCCCUCGCGACCUUCUGCACAGGACUUCAUUUCGGCCCUGCAAUCCCCUGAGUUCGACGGCCCAGAAGCUGAGGCCUGGAUCGUCGGUGAGGUGGUGCCUGGAGACCGCACCGCACGGCUGGCAGAGCAUUGCCAGGUCAUGGCCAAGCUGAAGACCAGCAAUGCUCCAGCGCAGGUGGUGGCCAUGUUCCGCACCGCAGAGGAACGCGGCCGGCUCUGGGAGCAGAGGAUGAAGCAGGAGCAAACUGCUCGCCUUUGA